GUGUGUGGGACCCAGUUGGUUGGGGGGAAUUGGAAGCAAAUGACAUCACCGCAGGUCCGAGAAAAACGGAAGAGCCAAAAGCAUCGACAGGGUCCUGGAUAUUCAGAGGUCGAGUCCAACCUGAAUCUGUCCAGACACAGACCUCAGUGCACCACGGAGACAUCAUGCAGAAGUCGCCUUUGGAGAAAGCCGGCUUUUUCUCCAAACUCUUUUUCAGCUGGACCACACCAAUUUUGAGAAAAGGUUAUAGAAAGAACUUGGAGUUAUCGGACAUAUACCAAGUCCCUUCUUCUGACUCAGCUGACCAUUUGUCUGAACAGCUAGAAAGAGAAUGGGACAGGGAACAAGCUUCAAAGAAGAACCCAAAGCUUAUCCAUGCCCUUCGACGAUGCUUCUUCUGGAGAUUCUUCUUCUAUGGGAUCCUGUUAUACCUAGGGGAAGUCACCAAGGCUGUCCAGCCUCUCUUGCUAGGAAGAAUCAUAGCUUCCUAUGAUCCAGAUAACAAGGCGGAGCGCUCCAUUGCCAUUUACCUAGGUAUAGGCUUAUGUCUUCUCUUCGUUGUCAGGACGCUGCUUCUUCAUCCAGCCAUUUUUGGCCUUCAUCGCAUUGGAAUGCAGAUGAGAAUAGCUAUGUUUAGUUUGAUGUAUAAGAAGACUUUAAAGCUGUCAAGCCGUGUUCUUGAUAAAAUAAGUAUUGGACAACUUGUUAGUCUUCUUUCCAACAACCUGAACAAAUUUGAUGAAGGACUUGCCUUGGCACAUUUUGUAUGGAUCGCUCCUUUACAAGUGACUCUCCUGAUGGGUCUUCUCUGGGAGUUGUUACAAUUCUCUGCCUUCUGUGGCCUUGGUUUACUGAUAAUCCUAGUCUUUCUUCAAGCUGUUUUAGGGAAGAUGAUGGUGAAGUACAGAGAACAAAGAGCUGGAAAGAUCAAUGAAAGACUUGUGAUCACAUCAGAAAUUAUUGAUAAUAUCCAUUCUGUUAAGGCAUAUUGUUGGGAAUCAGCGAUGGAAAAUAUAAUUGAAAACCUGAGACAGAUGGAAAUGAAACUGACCCGGAAGGCCGCCUAUAUGAGGUUCUUCACUAGCUCUGCCUUCUUCUUCUCAGGGUUCUUUGUAGUCCUUUUAUCUGUGCUUCCCUAUACAGUCAUCAACGGAAUCAUCCUCCGAAAAAUAUUCACAACCAUUUCAUUCUGCAUUGUCCUGCGUAUGGCAGUAACACGACAGUUCCCCACCGCUGUACAAACAUGGUAUGAUUCUGUUGGAAUGAUAACAAAAAUACAGGAUUUCCUGCUAAAUCAAGAAUACAAGAUACUGGAGUAUAACUUAAUGACCACAGAUGUGACCAUGGAGAAUGUAUCAGCAUUCUGGGAGGAGGGAUUUGGAGAAUUAUUGGAAAAAGUACAGCUAAACAAUACUGACAGAAAGCUUUCAAAUGGUGACAGCAACCCAGGUUUGGGUCAUAUCUGUCUUCUGGGAAAUCCUGUGCUGAAAAACAUCAGUUUUAAAGUAGAGAAAGGAGAGAUGUUGGCUAUUACUGGAUCUACUGGAGCAGGAAAGACAUCACUUCUGAUGAUGAUUUUGGGAGAACUGGAAGCUUCAGAGGGAAAAAUUAAGCACAGUGGAAGAAUUUCAUUCUGCUCUCAAUUUUCUUGGAUUAUGCCGGGUACUAUCAAAGAAAAUAUCAUCUUUGGUGUUUCCUAUGAUGAGUACAGAUAUAAGAGCAUCGUCAAAGCUUGCCAACUACAGGAGGACAUCUCCAAGUUUGCAGAAAAAGACAACACCAUUCUUGGAGAAGGUGGAGUCACACUGAGUGGAGGUCAACGUGCAAGGAUUUCCUUAGCAAGAGCAGUAUAUAAAGAUGCUGAUGUGUACCUCUUGGAUUCUCCUUUUGGAUAUUUAGAUGUUUUAACUGAAGAACAAAUAUUUGAAAACUGUGUCUGUAAAUUGAUGGCCAACAAAACUAGGAUUUUGGUCACUUCUAAAAUGGAACACUUAAAGAAAGCUGACAAAAUACUAAUUUUGCAUGAGGGCAGCAGCUAUUUCUAUGGGACAUUUUCUGAAUUACAAAGUCUACGUCCCGACUUCAGUUCAAAACUCAUGGGGUAUGAUACUUUUGACCAGUUUACUGAGGAAAGAAGAAGUUCAAUUCUAACUGAGACCUUACGCAGGUUCUCAGUAGAUGAGUCCUCUGUCACCUGGAACAAAACCAAGCAGGCAUUUAGACAGACUGGAGAGUAUGGAGAAAAAAGGAAGAGCUCUGUUCUAAAUUCAGUCACCUCUAUGAAGAAAUUUUCCAUUGUGCAAAAGACUCCAUUGGUCAUAGAAGGAGACUCUGAUGAGCUCCAAGACAGGAGACUCUCCCUCGUUCCUGAGUCUGAACCAGGAGAGGCAGUCCUGCCUCGCAGCAACAUGAUCCCCACUGGCCCCACAUUUCCAGGCAGAAGAAGACAGUCUGUUUUGGACCUCAUGACAUACACACCCACCCAAGGCUUCAGCAACAUCCAGAGGACAAGGACGUCCAUUCGAAAAAUCUCCUUAGCUCCUCAGAUAAGCUUAAAUGAUGUGGAUAUAUAUUCAAGACGGUUGUCUGAGGACAGUACAUUGAAUAUCACUGAAGAGGUUAAUGAAGAAGAUUUAAAGGAGUGUUUUUUUGACGAUUCGGUGAAGAUACCCACGGUGACAACAUGGAACACAUACCUCCGAUAUUUUACUCUCCAUAAAAGCUUGCUUAUAGUGCUGAUUUGGUGCUUGGUUGUUUUUCUGGUUGAGGUGGCUGCUUCUUUAUUUGUGUUGUGGUUGCUUAAAAACAACCCUGUUCACAAUGGAAACAAUGGUACUAAAAGUACAAAUAACACCUAUCUUGUGAUUAUCACCAAUACCAGCUUCUAUUAUAUUUUUUACAUUUACGUGGGAGUGGCUGACACUUUGCUUGCUUUGGGCUUCUUCAGAGGUUUGCCGCUGGUACACACACUAAUCACAGCAUCAAAAAUUUUACACCAGAAAAUGUUGCAUUCUAUUCUUCAUGCACCAAUGUCAACCUUCAAUAUGCUGAAAGCAGGUGGGAUUAUUAACAGAUUCUCCAAAGAUGUUGCAAUUUUGGAUGACUUUCUACCUCUUACCAUAUUUGACUUCAUCCAGUUACUGUUCAUUGUGAUUGGAGCUAUAAUUGUCGUGUCGGUUUUGCAGCCCUACAUCUUCCUGGCAACCGUGCCUGGGUUAGUGGCCUUUAUCUUACUGAGGGGAUAUUUCCUUCAUACCUCCCAACAACUCAAACAACUGGAAUCUGAAGGCAGGAGUCCAAUUUUCACCCACCUUGUUACAAGCUUAAAAGGACUGUGGACACUUCGUGCCUUUGGACGCCAACCCUAUUUUGAAACUCUGUUCCACAAAGCUCUGAAUUUGCACACUGCCAACUGGUUUCUGUAUCUGUCAACCUUACGCUGGUUCCAAAUGAGAAUAGACAUGAUUUUUGUCCUCUUCUUCAUUGUGGUCACCUUCGUUUCCAUUUUGACAACAGGUGAAGGAGAAGGAUCAGCUGGUAUUAUCCUAACUUUAGCCAUGAAUAUCAUGAGUACUUUGCAAUGGGCUGUAAACACCAGCAUUGAUGUGGAUAGCUUGAUGCGAUCUGUGAGCAGAGUCUUUAAGUUCAUUGAUAUACCAAAAGAAGAAAGUGAGUGUUCCAAGAUAAUGAAAGGACUACAUCCCGAAGAAUUAUCUCAAGUUUUAGUUAUUGAGAAUGAACAUGUGAAGAAAGCUGAUAUCUGGCCAUCUAAGGGAGAAAUGGUUGUCAAAGACCUCACUGUGAAAUAUGGGAAUGACAAGAAUGCCAUAUUAGAGAACAUUUCUUUUUCAAUACGUCCUGGCCAGAGGGUGGGCCUCUUAGGAAGAACUGGCUCAGGGAAAAGUACUUUGUUGUCAGCAUUUUUAUGCUUAUUGGACAUUAAAGGUGAUAUACAGAUCGAUGGCGUCUCGUGGAACUCAGUGACCUUACACGAAUGGAGGAAAGCUUUUGGAGUAAUAACACAGAAAGCAUUUAUCUUUUCUGGAACAUUCAGACAAAACCUGGAUCCCCAUGGAAAAUGGAGAGAUGAAGAAAUAUGGAAAGUUGCAGAUGAGGUUGGACUCAAAUCUGUGAUAGAGCAGUUUCCUGGGCAGCUCAACUUUACCCUUGUGGAUGGAGGUUAUGUGCUAAGCCAUGGACACAAGCAGCUAAUGUGCUUGGCGCGCUCUGUUCUCAGUAAGGCAAGGAUCUUACUGCUUGAUGAGCCCAGUGCCCAUCUGGAUCCCAUAACAUACCAAGUAAUUCGAAGAAUUCUAAAAACCACCUUCAGUGGUUGCACAGUAGUCCUCUGUGAACAUAGGAUAGAAGCAAUGUUGGAUUGUCAACGAUUUUUGGUCAUAGAAGAGGGCAACGUGUGGCAGUAUGACUCACUUCAGGCACUCCUGAGUGAGAAGAGUAUCUUCCAGAAAGCCAUUAGCUCCUCGGAAAAGAUGAAGCUCUUCCAGAGCCGCCACUCCACCAAGCAGAAGCCUCGGCCACAGAUCACGGCUGUCAAGGAGGAGACAGAAGAAGAAGUACAAGAGACCCGUCUCUAGUGACUGGGAUGCCGAGGGAGCAGCUCAGUGGACCCCAGUUGAUUCCUAGAAUCCCUGCAAAAUGAAAGGCCAGGGAUGCCCUGUGCUUCUAACCCAGUGCUGGGACACAGGGACAGGUGGAUCCCAGCAAGUGAUCCUAGCCCACACAGACAGUUGCAGGCCAGGCACCUGAGGGACAGUACCUGAGGAUGUCUUCUUGCCUCCACAUGCAAGUACACUCAUGGACAUACAUGCACAUUAAUGGCCAUAUACACAGUAAAAUGAAGGAGGAGAUAAAAAGGCAUGCUCUAGAAAGCAGCGCAAAUGAUUGGAAAAGGAUCAUGUGGGAUGUCUCGUGGACUCAGAGGAGGAGAACCCCACUGUCUGUGCCUUCGAAAACAGGGUGAAGCCCAUCCCUGCUUUUUAAGAGACUGUUUUAGAAGAGAAAUCAAGAGCAUUCAUAUGGGUCUGGGUCACUGGCUUGCUAGCGGUGGCCAAAUUGUUUGAAAGGCACUUCAGAUAUUUGACAAUGGGCCACUUGUGUUUUGCAAACCAAAUUUUCCUGGAAACAUUUGCCCCCUACUAGUAGCUGGCAAGGCAGCUAUAAAUGCCAGCCAGGUUAGUUGUUCAGCUUAUUAUUCAUCACAGCUGGUUAAUUUGCAUUAUUGAAGAACUGUGCACAUAGUGCUUAUAAUAGGAUGAAGUGAUGAGACCUGGAAACGGUGGCUUAUAGAGCUGGUAUCCCAUCUUUCUGCUAUCCAAGAUAUUCAGACACAUGGCUGUAUUUGUCUUCCGUACAUUCUGUGUGUACCACUCCAAGCAAAUGUUAGAAUACUAGAAAGCCAGGGUGAUACUGAAAGAUACUCCACUUGACAUCUGGUCAUCUAGUUACCUACAUGAAUAAGAAUUCCCAGAUCUUGGGAAUUAAGGUUAAGACCUUCCAGCCCUCCUCCCACACAUGUAAACAUCCUUAUAAACAAUAUGCCCCUGACCUAGGAAGGGGCCAGGAUCAUUUCCUUGAUGUGGAGCUUGACACACAUGUGUUGCCAGAAAGCAACAGACCUUUAAGACUUCUGAAGUAAAGGAGACUUGCAUCAGUACAAACUGGUGCAGCACAGUGCCAGGUCCGGGAGUUGCCAUGGAGACAGGUCAUGGGCAGUGUGGGCAGGUGCUGAUGGAAAUAUGCAGGGGUGUUCAUGUGCUCUUAGCUAGCUGUGUGUACUUCAUGCUGUCUCCACACAGUUGCAGGAGAGACACUCUGACAAAGAUUUAAUCAUGAAUUAGUUUUAUAUGCUCUGUUUUAUAAUUUGUGAUGCAAAUGAAAUUUUCUCUGGGAAUUAUUUAUUUUAGUAAUAAUGUUUUGAACUCAUAUAUAGUAAUGCUGUAUUUUAAGAAUGAUUACAUAAUGAAUUAUAUUUGUAUAAAAUAAUUUUUAUAUUUGAAAUGUUGAAUUUUUAUGGCACUAUUUUUAAAAAGGGGCGUGAGGAUGAUAAGGACCAGUCACCUCCAUGGUGUAAAGCAUUGGGACUGAUCCAAAUCUUGUACACAUCCGUGUGCCUCCCAGACAGCAUGUGUUCCAUUUUAAUGCAGCUCUGAAGAAGAUGGUACCAAAAAUCAAGAUGGUCCAGUUAUGGGCAUAUCAGCUUCUAAAACUUCAGACUAAGCCUUAGAAGAAUGUAUUAUAUUUGUUAUUGUAAUAGAAUAUCAUGUGUCAAUAAAAUUCUUUUAUUUGUUGUGAAA